UUGCCUUUACUCAGUCAUUAUAUCCACAUUACUGAUGAUUAUGUAUCAAAAAUGUCAUGGUGUAAAUAUUUUGUGAAAGCACCAAUAAAGUCAUCCCUACGAUAUUAUUGCAAUAUUGAUAUCGAGGUAUUUGAUCCAAAAAUAUCGUGAUAUUUGAUUUUGUCCAUAUGGCCAAGCCCUAAUAGCAAGUGUUUGUUAACAACAUCAAACAUUCAGGAGCCAUUAUGAGAUGUAGUUUUUUACGGUUUGGGGUUUAUGUGAUUCCUCUAGUAGUCUUCCCUGAUGGCAGCAGGUGGUGUAAACCAGCCCAGGUGGCAGCAGCAUGGUCGGCUGUGUUCAGACACACAGACAAACACUGCCCAUGCCAUUUUCCAUGUGCCUUGCUGGGGGGCGACUUUGCGCCCCUCAAGCACAGAGAGAGAGCAGCUAUUUUGAAAGUGACCCCUCAUUCAGGCAGCGACUCUGCAGCUGUCAGGAACCAUGACUGAAGAUGACGGAUUCUGUUGUCGUGGAGGGAUACGCCAGACUCAGAGAUGGAAAAAAGUGGAAAACUAGAUGGCUCGUCCUUCGCAAGCCGUCGCCUGUAGCAGACUGCCUUGUGCUACUGGUUUUUAAAGACAAGUCCGACAAAGCCCAAGGCAACAAGGAGAGGGCCAGUGUCACCUUGGAGGAGAUUUGCGGCUUGGAAACAGGACAGUGGUAUGAGGGUGUGGCUUUUACUCUGGCCAUCCUCUGCCUGAACCAGGCCGCUCUACUGGGCUUCGACAGCAAGGAGGCCCUGCUGGCGUGGGACGCCCGCCUGCAAUACAGCCUCGGAGAAGUUCACAGAUUCAGUGUUGCAGUCUUACCAGGGACCAAGUUAGAGAGCGGACCUGCCACUCUUCAUUUGUGCAACAACUUACUGGCUCUCGCCCGGGACGUCCCCCCUGUUAUUAUUGGCCACUGGAACCUUCCAGACCUGCGCAGAUAUGGACCUGUACCAAACGGAUUCGUGUUUGAGGGAGGAACAAGAUGUGGUUACUGGGCUGGUGUUUUUCUGCUUGCAUCUGCUGAGAGUGAGCAGAUCAGCUUUCUGUUCGACUGCAUCGUCAGAGGCAUCUCCCCCACCAGAGGCCCUUUUGGACUGCGGCCAGUUUUGCCAGAUCCAAGUGCCAGUCAGACUAAUUCGGAGGAGAGGUUGAACCACGAGGCCCAGGAGCUGGAGAAACGACUGAGCAUGCUCUCUCACAGGAGCAGUACAGUAUCAUCCACCUACUGCCCGUCUGCUGGGGGAGACGACCGCAGCAUAUCCGGUUCCUCCGACGCUUCCGACACCAGCCAAUCAGACUGCAGUAUCGGCAGCCGGCUUGCUAUUUGGACUGAACCAGCCUCCACCCCGUCUGAAAACAUCAGCCACGUGGGCGCUAAGGUGGCGCUACAGAGCGUCGAGAAGCUCUCUGUCAACCAGGGAGGCGGAAACCGGCCUGCAGCCAAGGCGCCCCGGCAGCUACAGGAAAUCGGCCGUCAGAGCUCAUCCGACAGCGGCAUCGCCACCGGCAGCCAUUCCUCUUAUUCUGGAAGUUUCUCCUCCUACACAGGCAGCCUGGAUAUUAACCCUGGAGAGGAGUUCGGGUCUGUUUUCAGCUUGCCUCCACACUUGGCUCAAGAGUUGAGCCCUUGUACUUGCAACGCAGUUCCAGGACAUGAAUACCAGGUGCCGACAUCACUUAGGUAUCUGUAUGACACUCCCAAGAGUCUGUUACAGGAGGGAAGUGCCAAAGACAAUGAACCCUCCACCUUAACUAAAGGCACUCCUACCCCUUCAGAGUCUUUAAAAGGGGUUAAAAGCAGUGCCACGACCUCUGAGGGUCACUUAGAAACUCAUGAAAGACUGUCUGUGAGAGAACACUUACAAGGCCCCUCAGAGGAGGGCAAGAAAACCAAGGUGGCGCCCUCUAGUGACAGUCAACAUCCUGACUCCUGUCACAUCUGCAGCUCUCUCACAUCUGUCUCCAGAGCCAUCGUGACCAUCUGUUCAGUGUGUGGUGGAUUUAAGGGGACACCAUUCACCCCUUCAAGUGGCUCAGCGACACCUGCCAUACCAGAACAUCAUAUUUUCAACCCAGCAGAUCAAAGUGUUGACAAAUCACCAUGCAGAACCAUCACUGGCAGUGAAUACAACAUUGCAGUAAAGACAAUUCUGGAGAAAUCCUGCGUCUCACAUGGAUCUGGUAGCAUCUGCAGCUCAGAGAAGCAAACAGUGAAGACGAGUGAGGAAUCACUGUUGCCAAAAAAAGGAAGAGAGAAAUUAGCCAAUCUCUUAGCUGAUCUGCUAGGCUAUCCAAGAGCGGGUAGAGAGCCAGAGGCAAAGCCUAACAGACUGAACUUGUAUGAGUCAAUGAGCCCUGCAUUUGGAAAUGAGCUCAAAUCGGCACCAACUGGCACCUGCGUCCCAUUACAAGAUCCCCAGGAAGACAAGAGAGCCGUCAUUUAUGAAAACUGUUUAAAGUGUCAAGGAGAACACUGUCGCCCUCCUCCACGCGUUGUACCUCCCGAAAUGUACCGCAACAGAAACAUUUCCACCUCACAAACCUUUCCAACUGGGCUGCACCCGAAGAAAAGUCAACAACAUGAAGCUGCUACUAAUGAGGAGCUGCAAUAUGAAGCUCACGGUCAUGGAUCACAGAGCGUGGACGGGCCGUGUCAGUAUGAAGAGAUGAAUGGUCAGACAGUGACCAGUGAAGACAAAAGGCUUAAUAGUAAAGAGGAAAGACGCAGAGCUGAUCCUGCUUAUGAGAUCAUGGAGAGUCGGGCACCAGAGAGAAACUCAGAGGCAGAAGAGAAAAGCAAGUAUGAGCUAAUGGGCAGCUGUGGUCAGCAGAGGUUCCUUCAAGAGACUGAAGGAGCAGUGUUCGUUUUCCCUCAGGAGGCACCGCUCCCUGAAAGGCCUCGGGGUGAAGGUGUGACAUACGUAAAUAUUCCUGUCAGUCCCACAUCCAAGAAGCAGCUCAACUACAUGGAACUGGAGCUGCAGGAGCCAGGCACCCGAGGGACCGCCGCACAUCUGCCAGCACAGAGGAAGAGCUCCACCAAGUACGCCCAGAUUGACAUCACUGCCACAGAGACAGCCCACAAAGUCGGCACGCAGCAUGCCCUGGGUCGACAGGAGGGCUUGCACACUCUGGAGCUGAGAAGAAAGGGGACGCCACAUUGACUUCUUCACCACUGAACUGUUGAUCUCAGCAGGAUGUUUUCCGCAAAGCACCAAGCCUACUACAUCCAUCUGACAUGGCUCUGAGGGGCUUUUUCCAGUCCAGACUGUUCCUGAAAUAUCCUCACAGAUUUACUGUGGGAUUCCAUCUUUUGAAUACAGAUUAUUUUGGAAGUUCCUUCCACCAAAUGUACUCAUACUCGCCUAAAUGUGCAUUUUCAUAGAUUUUGACUUCUGUAAUCAUAAAGCGGCAUUAAGAUGAAGCCUCCUUGAAAAGGUUUGGCACUGGAUCAGGAGCAACAUUUCAAUCUUGGUCCCUCCUUAGUGGCAUCUCAUUAAAUGGCAUUAUGUCAGUGCUGGAGCCUCAGGCUAAAUUGGAGGAAGAUGUGCCAGCUGAGCUGAGUCACCGGUUCUGCUAAAUCCCCCAGAGCAGAGGCAUUUCACAGCUCACUCGGGCUACCCUAACAACAUGCAAUAUGCUGUAUUUGUCCUUGUUUGGGAGAACGAGGCAGGGUGGCAACAGGGGAGGAAGCAGAAAUGGUGUUUAUUCUCGCAAGGAGUUUACGCUCAUUUAUUCCUCAGUGAUUCCACAUGUAGUUACACUUGUAGAAACUCUUCAGUAUAUUCAAAUUUGGUGGGAUGGGGGGGGGUCUUUCCAUUUGUCUUACUCAGAGUGCUGCAAAAUUCAGACUAUCUCACAAGAUUUCUGUUUGUAUAAGUAAGAGCAGGAUAAUUAAUGGUUCUGCAUUCAUUCUUCCACAUUUUGCAUGAUAAGUUUUGUUUGCCUGGCUGUAACUAAUGAAUUGGUGUAUAUCAUAUGAACAGAAUCUCAAUGCUGCUAUUGUUUAUUUUCUGCUUCACAGUUCACAUGGAAGGGGAAUUACUGUGGAAAAUUAUUCAUAAAUAAUGCAAAAGGAGAAAAUUACAGGAUUUUUAAAAAUCACUCAGCAACAGCUAAUGUGUCCUAUAACUGACUCUGGCACUCUUGGCCUUAAUGUUUCAAAAUUAUGCAUUUGAAAAGUAGUUUGGAGAUUGUUUAACCAUGAAGCCACUGAAAUGGUUACAAUGGCAUUCUUUUAUUUUUAUUCCUGAUAGUGUGUGUACACAUUGGCAUAUUAUUUAAAAAUUGGUUUGUAUUUUUAGAGCUACCCAUCUUAGUCAUUAUAUUGUUUUUGCCCCAUACUCUAUUUUGAUAUCUGUAAAUACAUUUUAUUUCUAUCAAGGUGAUGUGGAUUGUUAUAAAAAAUACAUGUGAAGACAUAACGUAUGUACAGUAAAGAUGUAUGGAAAGAGUUCAAGGAAAGUGCCUGCCUCCUAAGGCACUAUUUUUUUUUCUUGUAAUACUAUUUUCUUGUAAAUUAUUUAUAAUUAUAACUACAGUACUGCUUUGAUGCGUGUAUUCAGUUUUUUUUAGAGCUAGAUUAUGCGGGAUUCCCUCCCCCAUGUACAGUUGUAAACCAGUUGGGUACUAUAUUACAUAAAGCAGCCUUACAAUCAAUGUGUUUGUUUUUCAUUCAACAUGGACUGAUGUAUGAAGUAGGUAACACUGAUUACAUGUUGUCAAAAUAAAGGAUAAGUUUGGA